CGGCGGCGGCGGCGGCUUUUGAGGAGGCUGCGGCGGAGGCGGUUUUGGCGACUUUGGCGGCGAAAAUUUAGACAGUUGAAAAAUAGGCCAAAGCAACUGAACCUGCAGGACAUCCCGUCAUCUUUUCUGCCCAUUUCAAAGUCUUUCCCUGUCCUCACCCAACUAUUAUUACAGGCCGCUUUUGCUGAUACCUAACAAUGUCAUUUAGUAAAUGUUCAGCUAGUAUUCAUUUAAAAUAGAAAUAAUCAACAGCAGAAAUCGUGUGCUGGCUGGCCGCUGCUGGGGUACAAAGCUGCAGAGGCAGAGGUAUAGAAGAGGGAGCUCUCCAAGCUGGGCCUGGGGAAUGAAACAGUGGUGCAGCUGCGGACUCUGGAGCUGCCUGUAGAUUACAGGGAGGCUAAGCGGAGGGUCACCGGAAUCUGGGAAGAUCAUCAGCCACAACUCGUCGUGCAUGUGGGCAUGGACACCGCCGCCAAGGCGAUCAUUCUGGAACAGUCUGGCAAGAACCAAGGCUACCGGGACGCCGACAUCCGGGGCUUCUGGCCCGAGGGCGGCGUGUGCCUACCUGGCAGCCCAGACGUGCUGGAGUCAGGGGUCUGCAUGAAGGCAGUCUGCAAGCGCGUAGCUGUGGAGGGUGUCGAUGUGAUCUUUUCCCGAGAUGCAGGCAGAUACGUCUGUGAUUAUACCUAUUAUCUGUCUCUGCAUCAUGGAAAGGGCUGUGCGGCACUCAUUCAUGUCCCUCCACUAUCGCGCGGGCUCCCGGCCAGCCUGCUGGGAAGAGCCUUGAAAGUCGUCAUCCAGGAAAUGCUGGAAGAGGUGGGAAAGCCCAAGCACAAAGCCCAGUUUGAAGAAAACUCAACCAUGGUCCUUCCAGCCAAAGGGAACUGACCGGGGGAUUGCUCCUUUAGAGAAAAUUAAAUGUUUCAAUCCUGUGUGUAGCACUCAA